UAUUUGGGUUUUUUAUUGUGAUUUAAAAAAAAGUAGCAGCAGAGAAAAACCAUGUCGACGGAGCAAUCUUACGGACUUGCAAAUCGCAACUGGAGCAGCCAUCCGAGACCGGAGAUGUAUGUCGGUCGCAAGGGUGAUUCCCGUUCCGUGGAAGAAAUCUCACCCGUAUUCCGACAUAUUUUCUCGGACUUUACGCAGUUCAAUGAAAUCCAAUCGCUGGUCAUUGAUGAUAUGCUGUACACGGAUAAAUCUUUGGUGCUGAGUGCACCAACGGGUUCGGGAAAGACGGCCAUCUUUGAACUGGCGAUGAUAAGGCUGUUGAUGAAACUGGAGGAUGCUGAUUACGAGGGAGAUUUCCGUAUGAUUUACAUCGCACCGAUCAAGGCGCUUUGCACGGAGAAGUUUAAUGAUUGGAAGCCUAAGUUCGAACGGAUCGGGGUGAAGACUGCCGAGGUGACCGGCGAUACGGAGAUGAGGGAUUUUUGGGACUUACCGGACUGCAACUUGAUUUUGACUACACCGGAGAAGUGGAACUCGAUCACGCGCAGGUGGAGACAGAACGUGAACUUUGUCCGGCUGAUCAAGCUGGUGAUGAUCGACGAGGUUCACAUUCUGAACGACCAAUCGCGGGGACCGGUGCUGGAGGCAGUCGUUUCCCGAAUGAGGAGCAUUCAUCGAUUCGUGGAAACGGGCGAACAAGGCGUGAAGGUGGAACCGAUGAGAAUUAUUGCGCUUUCUGCCACGGCACCGAAUGUUGCUGAUCUGGCUGCGUGGGUUGGAGAGGGGAAUACGAUCUGUUUCUACAACAUUUCCGAAUCUCGACGUCCGAUUAAAAUUGACAAACACGUGCUCGGUUAUUACUGCGACCCCACCACCAAUCCGUUUCGGUUCGAUAUGAAUUUGAACUACAAGCUCUCCGAGGUCAUCGCCAAGUAUUCGAGCGGUCGGCCGUCGCUUAUCUUCUGUAGCACUCGGAAGGCAACCGAAACCGCAUCCAACCAUCUGGUAGAGCACCAUUCGCUACGGUUAACGCCAGAUCAGAUGGUAGUGCUUCAGAAUAUUGCCGAUCAGUUGCAGAGUGGCGAUCUAAAGCGAAGGUUGCUCGCAGGAGUCGGCUACCAUCACGCCGGUUUAAGUAUUUCGGAUCGUCAGUUGAUCGAGGACUCGUUUCGAGCUGGACGCAUUCCGGUUCUUUGCUGUACCAGUGGCCUAGCCAUGGGAGUUAAUCUUCCGGCGCACUUGGUCAUCAUCAAAUCGACGCAGAUGUACACCGACUACGGACUGGAGGAGUAUCCGGAAAGUAGCAUCUUCCAAAUGAUUGGCCGUGCAGGCCGGCCUCAAUUCGACACAUUUGGGGUGGCCGUCAUCAUGACCCAGAGAGAAAACGUGCAAAGGUACGAACGCCUAGCCACCGGUUCGGUUCCCAUCGAGUCCUACCUCCACGAGCACCUGGCCGAACACCUCAACUCGGAGAUUGUGCUGCAAACCAUAACGGACCUGGCCAGCGCGAUGGACUGGAUCCGGUCCACCUUUCUCUACGUGCGUGCCCUGGCGGCUCCCGCUCGUUACGGUUUGCCGCCAAAUCUGGACAAGGCGCAGAUCGAGACAAAACUGGAAGAACUUUGCCUCGCCGAGCUUAAUGCGCUGGAAAAGUACUCCCUAAUUGGGAGAAGCGCGAAAGAUCAAGGUGGCGACAGUGGAAUGACGAUCAGUGCCACGCUUUACGGAAGGCUGAUGGCGCAGUACUGUUUGAAUUUUCGAACAGUUAAGUUAUUGAGAAAGAUAAAAGGCACCGAACCGCUGCUGGAGAUGUUCACCCUUCUAACCUACUGCGACGAGUUCACCGUUUUCAAAUGCCGCAACAGCGACAAGCGAACCCUCAACGAGUUAAACCGCUCGACAACGAGCAGUACCAUUCGGUUCCCGUUGCGUGGCCGCAUCCAGACCACUACGGCAAUGGUGUCCUGUCUGAUGCAGGCCGUGUUCGGAAACCUACCGAUCGAGGAUGGCUCCCUGCAGCAGGAAGCCACCAAGAUGAUCAACGUCGGUAGGCGGCUGAUCAAGUGUAUGGCGGAGUUCAUCUACGCAAGCCGUGACAUGGAGGACUACGAUGGCGAGGGAGGUGUCUAUCAGGCACUGUUGAGUACACUGAGGUUGAGUCAAUGUUUGGAGACUAAGUUGUGGGAGAACAGUCCGUUCAUUGCGAAACAGCUGAAAGGUAUCGGAAUGGUGUACGCCGGGCAGUUGGCCGCUCGUGGGAAGAUUUCGUUCCAAGAGUUGAUGGAGAGCGAUCCGAGGGAGUUGGAAGUGAUUCUCAAGAAAAAUCCGCCAUUUGGAAGUGAUUUGAUUGCCUUUGUUCGUACCUUGCCGGUUUUCUCCAUCGAUCUAGUUAUGAAGGAAGAUUACGUGUUGCAGUUAACCGUCGUUCAGGCGAACAAUUGUUACAAUAAGAAACUGGCAGUUAAAAUCUCUAUUUUAAUCGGGGACUCGAACAACAAUGUUUUGUUCUUCAAAGAAAACUUUGACGCAAAUCCGGGAGGAAGUAAUCGAUAUCAGGAAUCGUUCAAGCUCUCCGAUGCAACCGUAGCCACUGCCACAGGACAUGUGAUUUGUGCGAGCUGGACCGGGCUAGAUUGCUCUAAGACCAUAACGAUAAACGAAGACAUUAUGAAUAACACUUCAAAGUCUACGACGGAGAAACAGAGACCAAAGAACAAGACGUGUAACAAUAAUUCGUCGAAGAAAAUUACUGAAUUCUAUCGAAAGGAAAAUCCAAAACUGGCGGAAUUUGCAAGCCAAAUUAUACCCGACGUUGCCAGUAUCCAUACAAUGGACCAGCCUGACAAGAAUGGCGAAGUUAUCUUGGUGGAAGAUAGCCCGAAUCCUUCCCGUUUCUUGGAAUCAUUCCGUUUUACGCAGAAACCGAAGAUGAGCAUCGAUAAACAGGAUGCUGAUAAGUUUACCUUUGUUAGCGCCUCUGAUUUAAAAGGCACAUUGCCGGAAACCAACGAAUCUACUCGUUCGUUAAACUUGAUCAAUCCUUCUGAAUAUUUCGGUGGAACAAGUUCGCUCAAGAAAACUGACUUCACGUUUAACAAUAAUUCGGGCGAUGGAAAUAACUUUGGAUUCUUCGAUGGUGUUGUGAAAAAUCAAAGCAAAUUACAUAAAUAUGUCGACACAGCUACGUUGAACAAUUCGCAGUCCUCUGUAGAUCUACUUGAUCGUUCCGAUAGACCAAUAACUACGGAUAAAACAAAUUUUGUAUCCAUGCCUGAUAAAGCUUCGGGCAGCACCACAAUGGAAAGUACUUCCAAGCGACUAAAACUCGAUGAUUCUAUGAACGAUUCGAGUAUGCAAAGUCCUCUAACAGACAACCAAUCCUCGGAUGAAUCGCAAUCCGAUUCUUCAUCCAACCAGUCGAAGAAAGUCGAUUUCUUCAGUCCACCAAUCCGUCAAGAAGAAUCAAACCAAUCCAAAACCUCGCCUGAGCUAGCCGUCUGCAUUCCAUCUGGUCCUCCCCGCUACGUUCCGUCGAAUCGGAUGCAAUAUUUUACCGAAAUGCACCGGCGGGAUCCGUUCAUUCUGUUUGGCCGUCCGGAAGAUUAUGCAGCACAGCAGGAACGGCAGAGGAGUGCCGUGCGGAGAAUAUGCCUGUUUGGGGUAUAUAUGGAUGUGCCGAGGCAACGAGAUGAGGGGCCCAUGGCGACAAGAUUGGCAUCAUCGGGCAGCAGUGUUGCGAGCGAAAGGCAAGUGUUCCGGACAAUGUACAGCGUUGAGGGCGACAACAAAGGUGGUCGGUUCUACCGGAAGAACUACCACCAUGCAAGAGAAGGUCGCCGGGAGCUGGACUUAGGAAUUAAUGAAUUUCUAUCUUCUGCUUCUGACCAACAAGACCCACCAAAGGAGAACUUCUUCAAGUAAGUAAUUACAUUUCGCACAUCAAUUAUUUUUUUGGUUUACUACUAUCGUACUCAACGCAAGAUUUUUGGUUUUAUUACUAGCAUUAAAAACAUUGUGACUGACAAUUUUAACAUCGAUAAAAUAAAAACA